UGUCUCGGAGAAAUUUGCUAGAAUUUUUGCAGGCCCUAACGGUAGACCUAUACUACAGAGCUCUUCUACUGUUAAAUCUUCAACAAAGGCAAGCCCGUUAAUAUCUUCUUUUCUUAAAAUUCAUAGUAAUGCGGUGGAAUUAGUUGAAGACAGUGAAAUGGGUGAAGGAAUUUGUCGCACGGAUCAAAUGCAAUCAUGA